AUGCCCAGCUUAAUUUCUAAAAUCAUAUUUUAUACGAAACAGAUAAUUAAUAUAACACUGUUUUCAUUCUGUGCAUUAUACGGUGUUGUAGUUUCCAUUGUAUUGAAAAUUAUCGGAAAACCAAGAUAUGCUCAAUGGGCAACUGCAAGAUGUUGGUACUAUGUAAUUGGCUGGGUUUUGGGUCUAAGAGUUAAAUUAAUCAAUGAACAUAUUCUAAAAGAAUCUUCACCAUGCAUUUUUGUUUCAAAUCACCAAAGUUCCUUAGAUAUUUUCAUGAUAGGUAGAGCUUUCCCCCCAGGAUGCACUGUAACAUCCAAAAAAUCAUUGAAAUACGUUCCGUUUUUAGGUUGGUUUAUGUAUUUGAGUGAUACCUUGUUUUUGGAUAGAAAAAAUAGGACUUCUUCGGUGCAAACUCUUAAUAAAGGGUUAGCCAAAGUUGUUAACGAAAAAAGAAGUUUAUGGAUUUUUGCUGAAGGUACUAGAUCUAAAACUACUGAAUUAACUAUGCUGCCAUUUAAGAAAGGUGCUUUUUAUUUGGCUAGUGAAGGUAAGAUUCCUAUUGUUCCUGUUGUUUUCAGUAACACAAGCACCAUAAUGAAUGACAAAUUAAAGAUUUUCAAUAGGGGGGAGAUUAUUGUUAAAGUUUUGGAUCCUAUUCCAACUGUUAAUAUCACAACCAAAGAGCAAAUCGAUGAGUUGAGUGUUAAAGUUAGAGACUUGAUGGUUAAAGAACUAAAGGAAAAUGUUGGGUAUUCUAUCCCAACUAGUGUUGAUACUUCCUUACCAAAGGAAUAUUUGGAAUGGAAAAAGGCCAAAAGCGCUGCCACUAUUAGUGCUACAAAGAGUAACUCUCCUGUCAAUAGUGAGGCCACUAGUAUCGAAGAAAAUGAAACUACAUCUUUAUUACGCAAGUAA